AUGGAGCAGUCUUUUAGGAAGAGGCAAAGAAAAUCAAGUAAUCCAACAAAAUUCACACCAAUUUACGAUGUAGAGAAGAUCAUCAGGAACCAAACAGAUGUUGCACUGGUCCUCGCAAAGCACAUCCUGCGAAAGGGCAGCCAUUCUAACGUUGUAUUUUCUCCCAUUUCGGUGCAACUUGUACUUGCUUUAAUUGCGGCUGGUUCGGAAGGGCACACAUUAAAUUACCAGCUUUUGUCCUUCCUCAAAGUUGACAGCACGCAGGAGCUUAAUGCACUUGCAUCUCACGUUGUUCAGAAUGUUUUUGAGGGGCCGGCUAGCUUGUCAUUAGCCAAUGGGGUCUGGACUGAUAGAUCUGUGUCAUUUAAGCCUUUUUUUCGAGAGGUGGCGGAUUCGGUGUACAAGGCUGUGUCUCAUGUUGUUGAUUUUCGGAACCGGGCAAGCGAGGCGACCAGUAAUGUGAACUCGUGGAUCGAGAGGGAAACGAAUGGCCUUGUUAAGGGCACGGUUCCUCCUCAUAAAUUCGAUGAGAAAAGUAAGAUUGUGUUUGCUAACGCAAUCUAUUUCAAAGCAUCAUGGGCUGUUCCUUUCAGUGACUGGAUGACAGACACUUUCGACUUCCACCUGCUGAAUGACGAGAAGGUUCAAGUUUCCUUCAUGUCCUACUACAUGAAGCAAGCAUUCAUUAAUGUCUGUGAUGGGUUCAAGGUUUUAAAACUUCCCUACCAUACAUGCCAGCUGAUAUCCAUGUACAUCCUUCUUCCAGAUGCUAAAGACGGCCUGCCAUCGUUGGUCGAUAAACUUGCCACUGGGACAGGAUUCCUUGAGCACCUGGACAUUCCAGACCUCUCUGAGGUACGUGGCAAAUACCGGGUUCCCAAAUUUAAAGUGUCAUUUGGAUUCGAUGCAACUGAGGCUUUGAAGGAAUUUGGAUUGAGGGAACCUUUUAUUCCGGGUGGACUUAAUACUAUGAUGGACUCUGAGAGGAAUGAGCUGCUAUAUGUUUCAAACAUACUUCAGAAAUCAUCCAUUCAGAUUGAUGAAGAAGGCACAGAAGCUUCCCCUUGUACCAGUAUUGCAAUGCCUCCACCCGAAGUUCCUCCUCUUUCCAUUGACUUUGUUGCGGACCACCCUUUUCUCUUUAUCAUCCGAGAAGACAGUACUGGAGUUGUGCUGUUUGUUGGACAAGUUCUUAAUCCUCUAGCCAUCUGA